AUGGAGUCGAGAAAACGUCUGGACAUGGAUUAUCUUUUUAAAGACGAAAACAAUAGUGAUGAUCCAGAAGCAAAAAAGGCUAAAAAUGAUACAGAUGACGAGGAAGAUCCACUAGAUGCAUUUAUGGCAGGAAUAACAGAACAAGCUGCAAAAGAUGUUAAAGAAUCUGAAGAAAAAUCGAAAAAUAUUUUAGAAAAUAAUGAAGUUAGUUGCAGUAGUAGUAGUAACUACCGAAUGGAUAUUGAAGAAGAAGAAGAUUCGGAAGAAGCAUAUUUUAAAUAUCUAAAAAAAUAUGAAAAUCAAAUAGAAAAAGAAGAUACUUUUUAUGAAUAUGAUGAAGAUGGUAACAUAAUUGCUACACAUAAAAAAGAAAUGGAACUUUUAGAGCCUGUUGAUCAUUCACAGAUUAAUUAUAAACCAUUUGUUUCAGAUAUAUAUAUAGAACAUGAAGAUAUAUCAAAACUUACUCCUAAUGAAAUAUAUGAGCUAAGGAAGGAGUAUAAAAUUCAAGUUUAUGGAAAAUAUACAAAAGCUCCAAUUGUGAGUUUUGGACAUUUAAGUCAAAACAAAAUUUUAUUGUCAAUGAUAAGUCACCAUAAUUUUGAAAAACCAACUCCGAUUCAAGCACAAGCAAUACCUUCUAUUUUGUCUGGAAGAAAUGUUUUGGGAAUUGCUCAAACAGGUACAGGAAAAACUUUGGCAUAUGUAUUACCAGCUAUAUUACAUGUUCUUAGUCAAGAUGAACGUACAAAUGAUAUAGGUCCAGUUGUAUUGAUUGUUGUACCUACUAGGGAACUGGCGCUUCAAGUUUUUACAGAAUGCCGUAAAUAUGGGCGACCAUUUGACAUAAAAACUGUUUGUGCAUAUGGAGGUGGAAAUAAAUAUGAGCAGACAAAAGAUUUAAAAGAAUAUUCUGAUAUUGUUGUAUGUACUCCUGGAAGGAUGAUUGAUCUUGUUAAAGAUGGAGCUACAAAUCUUCAAAAUGUUACUUUUCUUGUAUUUGAUGAAGCUGAUAGAAUGUUUGAAUGUGGUUUUGAAGCACAAGUUCAAACUAUAAGUGAUCAAAUUAGGCCUGAUCGUCAAUGUGUAAUGUUUAGUGCUACAUUUAAACAUAAAGUUGAAAAAUUAGCAUUGAAAGUUUUAUCUGAUCCAGUCAAAAUAGUUUGUGGUGAAUUUAAUGAAGUUAAUUCCGAUGUUUCACAACAUGUAAUUGUCUUACCAAAUACUGAUGAUGCUAAAUGGAACUGGCUUCAAAAAAAUAUCAUUAAGUUUCUUAGUUCUGGUAAAGUAAUUAUUUUUGUUACAAAAAAAGUAGAUUCAGUUACAAUAUAUGAAAAACUUAAAAAAGAAGGUAUCAAAGCUGUUUUACUUUAUGGUGAUCUGUCACAAUUUGAAAGAAAUGAAAAAAUACUGGCUUUUCGACAGGACAUUGAUUGCCUAGUUGCAACAGAUGUAGCCGCUAGAGGAUUAGAUAUACCUAAUGUAAAAACAGUUGUUAAUUAUGAUGUCCCUAGACAGUAUGAAUAUCUUGUGCAUAGAAUUGGUAGGACUGGGAGAGCUGGACAAAAAGGAGAUGCUUAUACUUUGAUGACUGAAAAUGACAAAAAUUUUGCCGUUGAAAUGGUUAAAAAUUUUGAACUUAAUGGUUAUGAAGUAAGUGAUGAUUUAAUGAAUUUGGCAUUAAAAGUUGAAAAAUUUUUCAAUGAAAGAGAAAAAUUUGUUAGUAGUGUUAAAGUUAAAGCAAAACUAAGACCUGGAAUAGGUUUUUCUAAAGAUAAUUCAGUAACAAAAAAAACUACAAACGAUGCCAGUUUAAGAAAAGAGAUCAAAGUUGCUUCUAGUGGAGCUAAGUAUGUUCCAGGGUUGACGAAACAGCAAGCUGUUAAAAGUGUUUAUCAAAAAACAUUUGGCAUGUCUUUUGUAAAGGCAUCCAAGCCAGAGGAACCUGAUGUUGGUCAAGAUUCUGUUGAAUCUGAUCCCCGGCCAGAAUGGAAAAAGAGACUAGAAGAAAGGGUUGCAAAUAUAAAAGCAGAAUUUGCUUCUAAAAAACAAUCUUGA